AUGCGGAGUUCCUUGCUUUUGACUCGCAGGACGCUGGCGCUGUCGGCCGGGCGCUGCGCCUCGACCGGCACCAAGCAGCCUGGUCGCGUGGUGGUUGUCACAUCUGGCAAGGGAGGCGUGGGCAAGACCACCGUCACGGCCUCGAUGGGCUACGGACUGGCUCAGCGUGGCUUCCGCACGUGUCUGAUCGACUUCGAUAUCGGCUUGCGCAAUCUAGAUCUGCACCUGGGCUGCGAGCGCCGCGUCAUCUUCGACUUUAUCCACGUGAUCGAGAAGAACUGUCGUCUGAACCAGGCGCUGAUCAAGGACAAGCGUCUCGAGCGUCUGUCACUAUUAGCAGCCAGUCAGACGCGCGACAAGGAGGCGCUAACGGAGGAUGGAGUUGAAGAGGUACUUGACGAGCUUAAGAGCCAAUUCGACUUUAUUCUAUGCGACUCGCCCGCCGGCAUCGAGUCGGGAGCUCGUCACGCCAUGUACUUCGCAGACGACGCCAUCCUCGUGACGAACCCGGAGAUUUCGAGCUGUCGCGACUCGGAUAAGAUGAUUGGAUUUAUCGCCAGCAAGUCUCUGCGCGCUAAAGAAGGAAGAGAACCAGUUAACCAACGUCUGCUAGUUAACCGUUAUGACGCUAACCGCGUUAAGAACGACGACUGCUUGUCAGUGGAUGACAUUGAGGAGAUGCUGGGGCUGCCAGUCUGUGGCGUCAUCCCCGAGAGUGCACACGUGUUGACGUCCUCUAACAUGGGACAGCCAGUUAUUACUGCGGAGGGGGAGAAAGCUGCCGUCGCCUUUGAAGAUGCAGUGGCACGUUUCUUGGGCGAGGAGCGCGAGAUGAAGUUCCUAGAGCCUGAGCCCCCCAAAGGCCUGUUUGGCCGCAUCUUCUCGUAAGUUGCACAAGACAAAAUAAGCAGAAUAGAAAUGGAAAUCAAGCAACCCAAUUCUGCUUAGAAA